CACUGUGACUAGUCACAGGAUUCACCACCAUGAUGAUUAAUGUUAAAAAUGUCUAGAUUCAAAUCUAAGAUCUAGAUCUAGUAUAAAAAAUAAAAAUACAGGUCCACUUUAGCUGAGGAUGUUUGACUUACAGUUACUAAUUCAUAUCUGUACGCUUGUUAUAGUUGUUGCACUCAGCCACUUCUACAUUCAACUUUAUCUAAACCAUGAGGAGUUGAAACAUCUAUGUGAUGCAGUAUCAAAAUUACCAAAAGCAACUGCCUAUCACCACCAACUUUUAUCUACAGCAAGCUCAAACAUCCACAGCAACUACAACUCUCUGGAACACUUGCAGGAGCAGACGUCAGGUCAGCAGAUCUCCAAGACAACAGAAUUGAUUAAAACUGCUCCAACCUUGUCUGUUUCCCAAAGUUUUUUUUAUACCAGUGCUGUGGCUUCUACUGAAAGUCUUUUAGUAGAUCAAUUUGGAAAGACUGAUGGCCUAUUUGAAGAACAAACUGGGGCUACUUUUUCUACUGGUCAUCUUCAAACAACAGAGGUAACUCAUGUAGACAGUAGUGAAACCCACUCUUUGGUAUCACAAGCAGACGUUGAUGACAACAAGUAUGUUUCUGUGAAACAGCCACUUCUGCAAUCCAGCACAUAUAUAAAUAGGCCAAUCAAAAAAAUUGACAAUAUUGAAAGAAAUGAUCUUCAAGUAGAUGAUGGAAGUACACAGGCUCAGAUCUUGCAGACUGAUGCACCAUUUAGCAAGACACGUUUUGAUUUUAGCAAAGUGCAAAUUCCAGAGACAAGUGAAAUUAUAAAAUCUGCAAUGGAUAUGUCAAUGUCAGUCAGGGAUUAUGAAUAUUAUGUGACACAUGUGAAUGAUGAAAUGAAAACUGAAGAGAUAAUUUUAUCAACAGAGGAACCUUUGUAUGAAAAGGAAAACAGAAGAAAAGUUCAGUCUUGUCAAAACGUAAAAUGUGAAGUUUUAGAUGAUGUGGAAAAUGAAGAGAAUAUUGAACCAAUGCACCUUUAUGAGCUACCGUCAAACGGUGUAAAUAAUGAGUAUAAUGUUCAUGAGAUACCAUCUGAUCCUAUCGGUGUAAGAAUAUUAAAUAAGAAUUUAGAUAAAAAAGUGUAUGAUUCGUUAAGCAGCCAAGGCACAUCAUCUUGGUGUAAGACAGAUGGUACCUCCACUAAAUCCUGCCAGUUUCACAACUUGUGUUAUAAAACAGCUGAAAAAGAUUUUAUAUUCUUCAGGUCUAACACUAGCCAGUUAGAGUUUGAUCCAGACUUGCAGAAUCCAGAAGAUUGGUUUACAAUCAACCUCUCAACAGUCCCUGGUCACAACGCUCACAUGCUGUCCUUAGUUACCAUCCCCACAGAGAGUCUCAGUAAAUUUUCUGUGGCGUGGUUGGAUGGGACUUCAAUCAUCAUGAGCCGUUUUAAACCAGAUAACAUAAUGCAUGUACUGCAUGAUGACAUUCUUCCAUUAUUUCACACCCUUCGCACUUUAAACUUGCUUGGAGAUUCUAGUUCAGAUGUUCGCUUGAUAUUUACUGACAGUUUGACCAGCACAGAGUUCCUCCCACUGUACUUAUCUUUAUCAUCAGUGCCGCCUUUAUUUUUACACCACCUGAAAUCUAAUGUUGAUGUUUUAUGCUUCAAGACUGCACAUCUAGGGCUGUCCCAGUCCACCUUAUGGUACCAGUACGGAUUUUUUAAACCUCAGGGACCAUUGCCGAUAAAUGGAUCUAAACUCAUGCACAAAGUCAGACAAGCUACCAGCUAUUUGGCUGAACAUUUCCAUUCUGAAUGUGUCUUCUGUAGUGAGAACAACUUCUUGGUGCUUUUAUCUAGAAAAGACAAUCGACUUAUUCUUAAUGAAGGGGAGUUUAUCAUGGGGCUUGUCCGCUCUACAAAACUGAAAGUUAUGUCAGUCAGUUUAGAAACCCAUUCUUUAAAUGAUAUAAUUUCAAUUGUGAGGAACUCCAGAGGAAUCAUCGGCAUGCAUGGAUCACUAUUAUCUUUGUCAAUUUUUCUUAAGCCAGGAUCUGUUGUUGUUGAAUUAUUUCCCUAUGCAGUUAACCCAGAAAAAUACACUCCAUUCAAAACUUUUUGCGAUAUACCUAGUUCAGGAAUUAUUUACACUUCUUGGACUAAUCCAUUCAAGCAAAAAUCAUUUCCACAUCCUGACUGGUCAGGUGACUUGGGUGGCAUCCGUCAUCUACCUGAGGAUGUUCAAGCCAAGAUUAGGGAAGAGACUCAAGUUGCAGAUCACCUGUGUUGUAAUGACCCCUCGUGGUUGUACCACAUUUACCAGGACACAGAGGUUGAUGUGUCCACUGUGGCAACCCUAACAGCCCAGGCUCUGGCCAGGACAGACGCAGUGAGGUUAAAAAGUGUAACAUCAAACCCACCUAUGAUGCCAGGACCUGUCAGGUUCUUGUCCUGUACAGAAGAAACUUUAGACAAUAAAGCUAAAUAUAUUUUAAGGUGGAAACUUCCAUGGAAUUUAGAAUUUAUUCCUUAUAAAUUACUGGAUCAAGAGCUAGUCUUUCAAGAAAAGGGAACUAAUAAAACAAGUUCCAUUACUCUAAAGUCUGAUAUUCAGACUUAUGCAUUAAACAAAGGUAUUUUAAAUGAAUAUGAUGUUUGGAUAAAGGUUAUUGUUGAUGUUAAUGUAUAUGGACCUUAUGUUUAUGUUGCUUGUAAAAUCAAUCCAUUUUAACCCACUUACAAGCUUUCAAUUGUUACCUAAGUACAGUGGUUGUUUUAUUAACUAUUGAAUUUUUUAAAAUGAUAUUAUAGUUUGUUUUCUUAAUGUAUCUUUUAAUUAGGACAUUUUUAGUCUCAUUGAUAAUGUAACUACUUUACAGAAGGUCUGUUUUAGUAAUUCUAAGAAGUUGUUUUAAAAGCCUUAUAUGUUGCAUUUUGUUUUCUUGUGAGCAGUUUCCAUGACAGCUGCUUCAUUGUUACAAUCAUAGUGUGUUUCUGUAAUGUUUUUUCAAACUAUUAUUUGUACCAUGACUAGAGUUGGGGGGUCGUCCAUAAAUGAUGCCACAC